CAAAAAGGUACUGACAUUCAGGCCCUCUGAACGCUCCUCAUUGGUGGCCCCAGACCACAGCCCUACUGCAGCGGGCAUCAUAGCACAAAUGAGCCUUCCAAUCCAAUGCGGGAUCAAAGCAUCCAGAGGCGUAUUCAAGAUGAAGCGUGCUUGGGUAAAGCAAGGUACAGGAGGUGAAUGGAGAGAACUGUUCGAAGGAUAUUUCUCAUUCAGCGUGUCAUACGAUAAUAUGUACAAGAAAGCAGGACACGGGAAUGGAGCCAAGUACAAAUUUGCAUUUUGGGGUGUCCGGGCGAUGAGAGAUAAUACUGGGAAGGAGAUCGGACUGGGUCCAAGGAAGUCGAUAUAUUGUCAAUGAGGGCAACUGGAUGAGAAAUCCAGGUAUGGGUAUGGUGUCCAUGAGUUGUAUGUCUCGUUUUGUAUGAGGCUCUGUUUCUCCACUAC